CUCCGUCCUUGCCAUCAAGAACAGCCUUAAUAUGCAUAGUUCGUCUAUAGCCUUCUGCUGCUCGUAUUUUAGCGAGUUAAUGCGGUUUUGCUCUUUUCUAGAUACGUAACGUCUAGUCUGAAAUGAACACUUCUUGAACCUUUAAAGUCGCGGAUUGAUUGCGUCAUGACAUGCGUGACAUAAACAAUAGUUUGAAUGAGUCAACUGUUAUUACCAACUUCAUGUUCUAAGUACAAACAAAAGACAAAGGAACAUUAAACUAAAAUACCACCUUUAUCUUUAAGUUACUAUCUGCUUGGAUAUAAUGUGGCUGACAAUAUAGAUGGCGUUAUUAAAAAUCCCGUGAAAGGGAUACAUUUCUAGCAAGCUAACAGUUAGCCGCGUAACUUACAGUCGACAGGCAAUAAUAGGCGAGGCGGGGUAUGCAAUCAAACCUGACAGGACUUUACUGUCACUAAAUAGUUUGUUUUGUACGCCUAAGACGGAUAGCGUGUUCCAGUAAGCCUAACUUGCAUUAUGAUAUGACCAUCAAAUACUGCAUGCAAGGUCGGCACAAACAAGGGAGGUGCCCCGACUCGAAGGUAAGGGGUAAACAAACUGGGGUGUCGUCUUUUUUUAAAGAUAAGGAUAGCGUUAACCGUUUAAGCAGGUGGUUGGCUUCCAUUGUUUUUAUGUCAGCUGUUUUGGACUUUGCUCGAGCUACGUGGAACCGCUUUGGGGUAGAAAUGUAGUUAACUUAGCUCAUUUCUUUAUUCUAAGCUGAAAUAGGAAGAAAGCACCGUCGAGUCUGUAACGAGACGUGCUGGGUUGGUAUUGGGAUUAUCGCGGGUUGAUAACUCGGUGAUGGAGGAGAUCGAGGGUAAAGGCGAGACGGGGAGUAGUGGUGGCCGGGAGACGGCAUCCAGCGCCGGGGAGUCAGAUAGCGAUGGCAUCGCUCAUCUGGAUCAGAUGCGGCUGUGUGUGGGCUCUGGGUGCUCCAGGCCCGAGAGUCCCUCUCCUUGCAGUGAUGGGAUUGGUUUACUCUCGUUGCCAUGGGAGAUGGUGACCCGGAUUGCCUCCCACUUACCUGCCCAGUGCAUCAUCAACGUCCUGCCACAGGUGUGCCGUGUGCUAGGUGAGGUUGGCGAGGACGCGUCGGCGUGGCAACACAGAGCCCAGCGCCUGGUGGGGGGCGCGGCCUCCUUCCCCGUGGGGCCCAGGGACCAGCUGGACUGGGCAGCGGCCUGCCUGGAGAUGGAGCAGCUCCUCGGCCUCUGGAGCAGCCUGGGGGAGCGGGGGAGCACCACGGAGGAGGAGAGAGGAGGAGGAGGAGUGGAGCGGCGAGAGGAGGUGCAUGAGGAGGAGGAGGACUCACUGCCCUCUGGGCGCUCCUGCCCAGGGCACAUGCCCGGCGAUCCUCCCGUGCUGCUGUUGAGGGGGCCAGGGGCGCCCGCGGGAUCUCGCGACCGCAAUGUCAACCUGUGGGACCUGCGGGCCGAGCCCGAGGGGUCAGGGUUGGGGUCGGGGUCAAGGGUGGGGUCAGGGUCGGGGUCAGGGGGCUCGCGGGGUCGUUUGCUGCACACGCUGGGAGCGUCGGGUGGGGCGGGGGCCCACAGCGGGUGGGUGUGGUGCCUGGCACAGCGCGAGGGGCUACUGGCAUCCGGCGCGUUCGACAGCACCAUACGGCUCUGGGACCUCGCCGCCAGCGGAGCGCCCAGGGGAGUGAUCACCGGCCGCGCGCCCGUCAUCUGUCUCUCAUGGCAACCGGACGCGCUGCUCGCCGGCUCUCACGACAAGAAGAUCAGAGUCUACGACCACAGAGCAUCACAGCCCCUGGUGAAGACUCUGCAGCUCCACAACAGUGCGGUGUUGAGCAUGGAGGCUAACGAGCGCUACAUCAUCUCUGGAGGAAAAGACAACACCAUCGCCCUGUACGAUAGACGCGCCGCUAAACUACUCAACAAGGUCACGCUGGGUUCGUUCCUGUUGUCCAUGUCCUGCUGUGGUCAGGAGGUGUGGGCAGGUGAUAACGUGGGCCAGAUACACACCUUCUCCCUGCAGCACGGAGUCCUGCGUCCAAUCGGCCGGUUCGAUGUGGGACACACACACCUGGUCACCGGCAUACACUACUCACCUGGGAGUCUAUACACCUGCUCAUCAGACCGCACCAUACGGGUGCAUCUCCCUAGCGCCCCCCCAAGGACAGUGUGCACACUGCAGAACCCAACGCCAGUGAACGGGCUGAGUGUGGAGGCGGGGGUGUUGGCCGUGGCGUCUGGUAACAUGGCUGUUGCAGUGUGGAGACCCCCCCAGUGACCCACCCACCCCUUAACCAGGAGCCACAGCAUGAGCUCACAUGACAUGGACGUGUGUGUGUGUGUGUGUGUGUGUGUGUGUGAGUGAGUUUUUGUGUCACAUUGCUAUUAUUGAGUAUGUGUUUGUGACCUUUCCUGCAGUGUGUGUGAGAGAGAGAAAGAGAGUGUUUGUGUGUUAGAGUGUGAGCAUUUUAACCAUGAGCAGGAGCACACACACUAAUGAUGUUCCUGAGAAGACUGCUGUUCAGUCCAUGUACAAUGUAUAUCACAUAUAUGUCUAAUAUAUAGCAGAUUCAUAUACAGCAGUGUGUGUGUGUGUGUGUGUGUGUGAGUGUGUGAGCAUGUUAACCAUGACCAGGACCAUAAAUAGCAGAGUUAUAUACAGCAUUGUGUGUGUGUGUGUGUGUGCGCUAUAUGUAUAGUGCGUAUGGGUUUAUGAUAUGUUCUAUGUGGAAUGUACACACGCCUAUGGUUAUUUCUGGCCAGACUGUCCUGAUGACUGAGGCUCUUUCGUGUGUGUGUGUGUGUGUGUGUGCGUGCUAAAAUGAAGGAGUGAUCACACACAUGCCCUCAUCUCCUGGUUUAUGAGCUGAAAUUGUGCCAUCAGGGCCUGUGUGUGUGUGUGUGUGUGUUUGUGUGUGUGUGUAUUUGUCUGCCUUUAGAACAGCACCUGCUGAAGGGGCGACUCUAAAGCAGAUUUACACAUUCACGUGAGCUUCAGGACAUUGCCUCUCUUUCACACUCUUUCUCCCUCCAUCACUGUCUUUCUGUCCCUCUCUCCCCCUCUCUUCCUCUCUCACUCUCUCCUCCUUCUCUUCCUCUCUUCCUCUCUCACUCUC